AACCCCCAAAUUCCAAUUCUAGAAACCCUAAUUUCGUAAAUCUCAGAAUUCAUCUAUCUGGUUGGCCAAUUCAAUGGCGGAUCAAGCUGAAACAGCCGCUGUCGGGGAUCUUCCGCCGGCACCGUCGCCGGCAAUAGCAUCAUGUGUACGGCGUAAGUUGGUGCAAUCUACACUGUUCCCAGUCACCAAAAAAGAGCAAAUUUUGAGAGAUGAUGAGUGUAAAGGAGAAGAAGAAGACGAUGGAAACGAGGAUGAUGAAGAAGAAGAGGACUGGGGUAGUAGCAGUAAGAAAAGGAAGGUAAAUUCAUCAAAGAAAAAGGCGAAUAAUAGUAAUUCGAGGACUACGCCGCGAUCUAGAGCUUCCAAGAAGGUAGUGCUAAACGGAAAAGAAAUCUCAAGUAAGAAAGUAGAUGAUGGAGAUUCUCCUGUUACCAUUAAGUCUGACUUCUUUAUGAAGAGCUCAGAGAAAGUGAACCAGAAGAAACAGCAAGACGAGCGGCUCUCUGAUUUUUCAUGUCAAGAAAAUGAUAAACCCUCAAAUUCUCCUAAUAAAGAUGAGAGAACUCCUUCAAAACUUACAAGGCAGAAUGGCUUCAUCGUGGAGAAACCAAAGACAAAAAAAACUACACCAAAGAAAAAAUUGGCGAACAGUGACUUGAAUGAGACAUUGUCUAAGAAAACAUCUUCUGAUACUAUGUUAGAUGGGCCUACACUGCAAUCCAUUCCCAAUCUUAGAUUAGAGGCAAAAAUGACCACUCAGGAAAAUUCACGUUUAUUUGCAGGAAAGCAAAUACAUCCAUUUUUCUCAUUACAUAAGGCAAGUAAAAGAAACCAGGAGAUAAUUGAUCUGGAGGAUCCGUGUUGUUCUUCUGAAAGAAAGGACGCCAACCUUAGUUUCAACCCUAUUCAUGUAUUUGACAUGGUUGAGGAUGGUUCCCACUGCCUUGAUUGGAGGAAUUGGUCGUUUUCUGAGGGAAAUCUCAGCAGCAUCAAUUCUCAUCUGGAAGAUAACUUGUUAUCACUUUAUGAUCAACGUGUAAACUCCUUACAGUUUGAUGACUUCUCAAGACAUUCUUUCCCAAGCAGUGGAUUGACAUGCCAAAACAACAUUUCUCUGGAUAAAUGCCCUAUUACACUCGAUGAGGAGGGUGAAGUUGGCAGAACUAAUUGUGUCCAAGCAUCUUCUAGUUGUGUAACAUUCGGGGCUGAGUGGCAGGGCAAGUUUGUUCAGCAAGGUUCUUCCAAUCGGCCAGAGAAUUGCUUAUGGACAGACAAAUAUCAGCCUAGAAGGGCUGCACAGAUAUGUGGCAAUGAUGAAGCAGUUAAGUUUAUUAGUCAGUGGCUAUAUCUAUGGCAUGAGAAAGGUUCUCAAAGUGGCAAAAGUUCCUUCCAUGAUGAGCAAACAGUUGGCGAAGACAUUGAUUACUCCUCUCAUCAAAGUGACACUGAUUCUGAGAAUAUAGAUGAAGAAACCUCUUUGAAGAAUGUCCUCCUAGUUACGGGGCCAGUUGGGAGUGGGAAAUCUGCUGCCAUCUAUGCCUGUGCGGAAGAGCAAGGUUUUCAAGUUCUUGAGGUCAAUGCAUCAGAUUGGCGUAGUGGAGCCCUUGUGAAGCACAGAUUUGGGGAGGCUCUAGGGUCACACUGGCUUCAACAUAAAGUGGAUAAUACAGCUAGUUCGGACAAAAAAUAUCUAUCAAAGUCUUCCCCGGAAAUUAUUGAGGUGACAAAAGGGUCUGAGGAUGAAGUUGUAGAACUGAUACCGCUAUCUGAUGAAGAUGAUCCUCAACUAAUUUGCAAUGGGAAUAGCAUUCUUGACUGUCAAAAUGAAAUUAAGACUUUGAUUCUUUUUGAGGAUGUGGAUGCUACUCUCAGUGAAGAUCAUGGUUUUUUAUCCACAAUACAGCAACUUGCACAGACUGCAAAGCGCCCAAUGAUUUUGACUGCAAACAAUUACAAUCCUAUCCUGCCAAACAAUUUAGACAGGUUGGAGGUGUCUUUUAAAAUGCCUUCACCAGCGGAGCUCCUUGGGCUUGGACACAUGGUUUGUGCAGCAGAAAAAGCUGAAAUUGAACCUUGGUUGAUCAAUCGUUUAAUUGAUUCUUGUCAAGGCGAUAUUCGUAAAACCAUUAUGUAUCUUCAGUUUUGGUGCCAGGGUCAGAAUUCAAAGAAAGGUACUGGAUCACAGAUAACAUAUAGUCCACUUCCAUUUGACCUUGAAGCUGGGCAUGAGGUACUACCGAAAUUAAUUCCUUGGGGCUGCCCUUCUCGGCUAUCUGAAAUUGUGGAGGAGGAGAUUACCAAGUCGCUAGUGAUGAUGGAAGAUAGGUAUGGCUUAGUGGACAUAAUUGUAGAAGAAGAGCUGAACUGUGGGAAACCACAUGCUAGUUCAAGGAUUCAAAGUCAUAAACUGGACCACAUUGAGGUCAAGAAAGAAGCAAUAUUGAGCUUGCACUCUUCCAUUUAUGAUGAAGAUGAUUUAUUAGCUCAGCCUGAUUGCAAUUUGGAACUUUCCGAUUUCUCUGGAUCACCAGUUGCAUUUUCCGGAAGCGUUAGGAGAAAACUUGGUGCUGUCAUAUCAUCUGAUUCGGAAGAGGAAUAUUUAGGUGAUAAUACUCCCACUCUUCUUGGCAGAGAAUUUGGUGAUCAAAAGAAUGAAAUUCAAGUUAGGAGAAAACUUGGUGCUGUUAUGUCAUCUGAUUCUGAAGAGGAAUAUUUAGGUGAUAAUAUUCCCACUCUUCUUGGCAGAGAAUUUGGUGAUCAAAAGAAUGAAAUGCAAGUUGUGAAUAGCACAUCUUCUCCACACUUAUUUCCUAUUGGAAGUUGCUGCCAUCCAACUGAUCAACUUACUCAUGUUGAAGAAGACAAAUUGAAGCAUAGUGGUUCGACAUGCUUAGAAAAUGUUGUUUAUUCGCAUAUGGAUGGGGUGUGCAGGUCAGUUGACAUGUCCAGUGUGCCAGAACCAUCAUUUGUCCCUGAGACUGAGUUUGGUGAUCAAACAGACCUAUUUUCUGUAGCAGUAUCUUGCAGCCUCAUGGAAGUAGAUUCGAUGAGUGAAAAUUUAUUACCAAGGCUCUCUUCCAUUAAAGAUGGAAAGUGCUGUACUCCACCAUAUGAGAACCAGGAAAUGCUGAGCAAUGAUAGUGAUAUGCAUAGGAAAACAUUGAAGACAGAGGAGAUAGGUGAUUCUAACCUUGAACAUGUAGAAGAUGGCAUAAGAGGACAUCAAAUGUUGGAUGAAUGUAGCCGCGUUGAGUUCAGUGGAGCUCCUAAGACCUUCAAGACACUAAAGCCUCAUCAACAGGUUGAUUUUGUAGAAGAAACAUGGAGAAGACUGCGUGAGCGUAAAACAGAUUUACAGCAGUAUGUUACCCCUCAACAGAAAGAAGCUUUUCAAGCUCUAAAAGUUGCUUCCGGAAUGAGUAAACUAAUUUCUGAAGCUGAUUCAUUAGUUACUUUGUGCCAAUCACAGAUAUGUGACUCCUUGGAGCCAUCACUCUCGCCAUGUGAGGAGUCGCAAUUAGGUAGCUGGUAUGAUGACCAUCUGCAUAUGUCAUCAAUUAUGGCUCAACAUGGCAUAUGCUUCUAUGCUAAGGAAAGUCUUGCAGUGGGAUCAAAUCGUGACUCAGUGGAUAGAGUGGAUUUGGCUUGGGAGAUGUUGUCAUCCUCUACCAAUGCAAUGGCAUUAGGGAGACUACUCAGUGUGGACAGGAAAUUGACAGGAGGGACAGAAGAAAGGUCGGAGAUGAGUCGCUGUUCCUUUAGAAGGAAAAUAGACUCGUGUCUUUACAAUGUACUUGAGUCUGUAGUUCCCCCAAGGACGCAUCUAGCCCUGCAUGGUGAUGCCUUUCAUGAAUAUCUCUCGUCAUUGAGCAAGGUCUCGAGAUUGGAAGCUGGCCGUCUGGCUGAACUUGCUUCUAAGAGAGAACAAAGAAGGGCACGUAUUGCACGGCAUUACUUGAGUUCUGGCACAUUUGUAUUAUGCCCUGAAGAUAUUUCAUUGCUAAGUCAAUAUAACAGCUACAGAAAGUUUCUCCCCAACAGGGAUAUACAUGGUUCAGAUAAAGCUCUCUCUUGACAAUUACCUUGCUGACAUUGAUAUUUUUCUCUCGAACCUUCAAGUAGCCAUGGCUCAGCACAGCUGUUGAAAAUAUUUAACAAUUGGAGAGCAGUGUUCCAUUACAAAUGGAAAGGAAGGAUGAAAGAAAUCUGCCAUCAUAUGGUUGUUAUUAAUCUUCUGAUUUUUUGUAGGGAAAGUCAAAAACUGUUUAAAAUAGCCAUAGGGUACUAAUUUCGUAGGAACAAGGGCCAAGUAUCCUUGUUGUACAUCUUUAUAGAUUUAGAUCCUAAUUUUAAAAGAAGAUAUAGUGGAAGUCAUUACUUACAGAUAUCUAAUAGUCAUCUCUUAUCCCAAAUUUCACGUUCCUGAUUGUGGCCCUGGAUGUAAAUGAUGUGUUCUGCUCUCUCUCUAUUGUUUUAAUAGGAUCAUUCCUGCUGAUACCAUGCUGAAUUCAUUUU